AUGGACACAAAUAUUGCUCAAGGAACUAUAUUCCAUUUAGUUCCCUUUUAUGCCUUAGGAGAUAUAUUGAGGAUAAUGUUUUUCAUUCAAAGUCCACAAGGACAGAAACGAUCUUUCACUACCCUUAAGAGAAUAAUUAAAGGGUCUAUAAAUUCUACUACGACCAGAACGAACGAUAUUUUAUUAAGUGAUAGUUUAACAAGUUACUCUAAAGUGUUGAAUGACAUUGGGUUAUUUCUUUGGAGCUACUAUUUGAGCUCCGAAGUCCAAUAUAAUGUCUACUUGGAGUUCUUUAUUCUUUCAGCUCCUACCAUAAUGAGAGUGAGCCAAUGUUGGCAAGAAUAUAAAUUGCAUAGAGGCACAGUUAGAGUGCAUUUGUUUAAUAUGAUUAAGUAUUUGGUAUCUCUCUUACCAUUGAUGAUUAACUUAUUCAUAAAAGUCACUAUAUUACGUCAACACGAUGAACAAACGGAAAUCAACAGAUUGGAACUGUUAAAUUUUUGGUGGUACGUGGUUUCGUUUCUUAGUUCAUCAUAUUCGUGUUUAUGGGAUAUUUUUAUGGAUUGGAAAUUGGCUAUCUUUAAAGGAACUCAACUUCAAAUCCGUCCUACAUUAUUAUUAGGUUCUAAACCAUUCUAUAUAAUGGCUAUUUGGAUUGACUUUGUAGUGAGAUUCCUCUGGAUAGGGAAACUUUUUAUUGAUAAAGAGAUCAAUGAAUCUACAAGAAUGGUAACUAAACUCACUACCUUUCUAUUUGCAUAUGAUGCCUUCUCAGCAGGAUAUACCAUUGUGGAAUUAACUGAAAUUCUUCGAAGAUGGAUGUGGUGCUUCCUCAAAUUGGAAAACGAUUACAUUAAUAUUCAACUACAGGAUGGAAUCGAGUUAAAAACCGUCAAAUAA